AUGACUUCGACUACGAUUCAUCUCUUCAGCAUCCCCGAACUCAUUAGCCUCAUCAGUCGCUUCGUCACCCUCAAGGACGCUAUCUCAUGCGCACGCGUCUCCAAGACAUGGACCAACUCCUUCAUGUUUGCCACUUGGUACGAAAUCGACUUUGACGUUCACCCCCGGUUCGCCGCGCUGCCGCCAGAUAUUGUCAGCAAGCAUGGCCAUCGUAUCCGGAUAGUCAGGAACGCAAGGCUGCUCUCGCAUAUCUCCGUCCUCGCCAAUUCAAGAGUCUACCAACUGCGCAAGUUAAGUGUCGAGACAACAGCAACAGCCAUGCAGAAUGUGCUCGCCUGCGAGAUCAUUGCCAGGAACAGCUCAACCCUCAAGGAACUUUGCCUCCGUUCGUCCCCACGCCCCGUCAAAACGACCGAUUCCUUGGCCCAUUAUGUGUCUGCGCCUGCCUUGACUCACUUCUCUGAUGCCUCGCAACGGUGCGCAACGAACCUCAAGGUCCUGCAGUUCACAGGACUGUACCUGACUUACGACGGUCUCAUGGCGAUCCUGGAAGCAAGCCCUCUAUUGUCCGAAUUGGCGCUGCUAGACACGGAUGUUGUCGGGACUCCAACUCGAUCAUUCACGCACACCGGUGUCGGGAAAUUGUCUGUAAAACUACACCAUCUUUUUCCAGUCGAUCCAGUCGGACCUUCCCUCUUGUCCUACUUCCCAGACUUGACGAUGCUGUCAAUAAGGAGCCACAAAGUAUCGCUCGACUUCCCAGCGGCCAAGGCCAAGGACGACAUUGCCCGAUACUGUCCUCUACUGACUGGACUCCACCUGUCCGGCAGAUCUUCUACUCUCGUCUCUGACUUUUGUUCUCUUGUCAGCAGAAAUCUCUCCAUGCUUUUCUUUGAGUUCGAUUACUUCUCGACCCAGAGUAUCAUGGCCCUUCUUCUGCAUCAAGCCACGUUGAAAAAUAUCCAGGGCUAUUCUUCAGCGAAUGAACUCAAUUAUAAAGCGCACGAAUUUCCUCCAGUGUCGACCCAUCUCCAAGAAUCCAGUCGGUUCCUGCAGCUCAUUCCGAGAGGUUGUCCGCGAUUACAGAUACUGAACCUAUAUUCCCACGAGAUGGACAUGGAUGAAGUCGAGAUGGGAGAGUGGACUUGCAAGGAUUUGGAGGUGUUGCACAUCAGGAUCAAGGAUCUCGACACCAAGGACAAGAUGCUCAGGACCAUUGCACUUUGGAGAGCAGGUUGUAAGGAACAACGGCAAGAGAAAGCGGCAGAAGAUAUAGUGAUGGCGGGGGACGAGACCAACAUUUCCAUCGAGGUCCGAGUCGCGCGCCACCUGCUCAAGUUUGAGAAGCUGUCAUCGGUCUGGCUUGGGUAUCAAGUAUGGGGCUGGUCUGGAAGAUCAGACAAACCCCUUUAG